GGUAUAAUAUACCAAUGUGAUGAGGAUCAGGGCCGGCGCAUAGAUAGGACAGGGGAAACUAACUUUGGAGUGUUAAACCAUUAAUCUAACAAGAUGACCUACAUAAAUUCAUGGGAGGAGUUCGUAAAAGCUGCGGAGAGAUUAUAUCUUUCAGAUCCAAGCAAGGUCCGAAUCGUUACAAAGUACAGACACUGUAAUUCCAAAUUGUCAGUGAAAGUUACAGACGAUCAAGUGUGUCUUCAAUAUAGAACAGAACACAGUCAAGACUUGAAGAAGGUGGAAAAGUUUACCAACCAGCUAAUGAGGCUAAUGUUGGCUAAGUGAUCCAUCAUCAAACAAGAUCACCAAGGACAGUUUAAACUUACUCAGUGCAAUCUUAUUACAUGGAACAGGAUGCACACAGAUGAGCUGCAGGAAACCUACUGCUGAGGGAUCUUGAGGAUAUAGAUUCAAUAUAUUUUUUUCUAUUUUUUAGUCGUAUGCAUGCAUUGACCUGUGGAUUUUCUAGAAUGGCUCAAUUCGUUAGAUUUUCAAGUGGACAGUUUGCAGAUUGCACAACUUUAAACAUUUUAUCAGUGACCCCACCCCCUUCAAUUUUUUGUUUCUAAUUUCUACUGUUUACUCUCUUCUGAACUUCUUGUGUUAAAGAAGAAGAAAAAAGAACUCCCAUCAGGCUAAUGAUGAAAUAAGUCACAUUAUCUCUCGAAUAUAGAAAUUUUUCGUUUGAAUGAAGCUUUAUACUCCCGGGGGGGCCACUUCCAUUGACGAGUGGAUACCAUGCGCGACCAUGGGGUCUCGAAAAGCACCCUAAACACGUAUUUUCCAUAUUCUGAAAAUGCACCCCUUAACAAGUAUUGGCGUCUGAAACCCUACCCUUAACAAGUAUUGGAAAUAAAACGAUACUCUUGGCUAGUAUUCCCUGAAAUGAACCCCUAAACAAGUACAGCGAUAUUUCAUUGUUAUGUCAUGGGUCCGUCGGUCGUCGGUUUUACCUUUACACCAUUUGGUUUAUACGGCCCCACCUUGCACACCUCAGUCGCGCAAAUCGGACUCUAAACACGUAGUGUUGGGGCAAAAAGGACAUCCUUUAUAAAACAUUUUAAUUUUGUUUUAUCAUCCCCGCAAAUUUGACCCUAAACACGUAGCUUUCCUAGCGAAAUAGAUACCCUUUUUUCAUUAUUUUUGUGUUUUUGACACCCUUAUCACGUUACGUACGUAACGUGCCCUAUCUUGAAAAAGACAUCCUUUUUACGUGUUUUUUUGGUCGCGCAUGGUAUCCACUCGUCAAUGUAAGUGGCCCCCCCCCCCGGGUUUAUACUAGUAAUAAAUAAAUGUAAAUUAUAAUGAUGCAUGUAUAAUUUUUUUUUUGGUGGAAGGCAAUUAAAGGUACAAAUCAGGCACACAACUUUGAAAAAGGUAUGUAGUUGAAUUUCAUUGUUCAUAUGGAGUUGCCCAGUGUUAAAAUGGUAGUACAUGCAUUUCUGGUUGCAUAUGACUAGACUUGUAUUCAACCAAACAAACAACCUCAAAAUAAUUUCAAGAUUGUCAUGUCUAUUACACGCUUGUCAAACAAUGUACCGGUAUAGAAUUUGUACUAUAAUUGGGUGUGGUGGUCCGCUUUACGACUCAAAUCGAUUUUCAGAAGCUACUUACAUGUACAUAGUCAAGACCUACCGGUACAUACAGUGUCUACAAGCUUUAUGUGUAAUUAUUGUAACCUGGCUUUCAUAAACUCUAAUGAAUAAUAUAUCAAAUGAAAGAGAAAAGUAUAGUCUUUGUUUUCCAUCUAGUUGCAAAUUGUUAUCAGUCACACAUGAAUGAUUAUAAUUCAUUAAGUGUGAUGAUGCAUAUCUUCAUAUUUUUUGUGAUCAUUGAAGCGUAACUCGAAAUGCUUCAAUGAUCAUGAAUUAUUUCUUAUUUUUUCUGAGAGAUGAGAUGACAUGCUUUCAUUUUAUAUAAAGUUCAGAUCCCUUUCACCUGUUUUAUUAUUUUGACAGGAAAUGAAAUAUUAAAAAUGAAUCUAACUACACCCCUGUACAAAGGUCAAUGGGGCAACAGCUGUCAGGCAUCAAUUCAUUCAAAAUCGUUUAUGAAGUCUUUAAUAACAACAAAUAUAUGAAGAACUGUAUAUCAAAUGAAAGCAUAUCUCAUCUCUCGGGGUAAAAUUGAAAUAAGUUGUGAUCAAUAAAGCGUUGCGCGCUACGUUUCAAUAAUCACAGCAAGGUCUGAAAAUAUGCAUUGUUGCAUUGUUUUCCAUUUUAAUGAAAUGAAAAAUUAAUCCAAUUACACCCAUUUUACAAAAUUCAAUGAGGCAAUAGGAGUCAGACAUCACUUUGUUUAAAAUCGUUAGCGAAAUCCGUACAGCCGCCUAAAAUAUUAAGAAUUCUAAUAUCAAAUGAAAGUAUAUAAUCUCAUCUCUCAGAAAAAUAGGAAAUAAGUCAUGAUCAAUGAAGCAUUGCGCGCUAUGCUUCAAUAAUCAUAGCAAGGUCUGAAAAUAUUCAUUAUUGCAUUUCAUGAUUCAUAAUCGUUCAUGCGUUACCGAUCACAAUUUCCAACAAGGUGCAAAACAACUGCUAUACUUCCUUCUUUCAUAUGAUAUAUAAUUCAUUAUAUUUCAUGAAGGCUAACUUAGGAAUUUUUUGGUUCCAACAUAGUUUAUUUUCUCAUUUUGCAUUGCUAUAUGAAGUGUACAAAUAAUUAUUGUAGGCACUGUAUCUUAAUCUUAUAACAUUGAUAAUUGAAGCACUCUCUAGUGCUGUACUGUACUUCAGGCAGCUUUUAUCUUAUUUUUAAAACUGACUUUUUCAAUGAUAUGUAUGACUAAUUAUUAUUGUCUAUUUGUGUCUCCCAUAUUUGGUUAAGGUAAUUUUUGUCACUAUAGGCGCCGCUUUUACAGCGGCGUCGUCAACAUGAAAUCUUAACCAAGAUUAAGUUUUUGAAAUGUCAUAUCAUAACUUAGAAAGUAUAUGGACCUAGUUCGUGAAACUUGGACAUAAGGGUAAUCAAGUUUUACCGAACAUCCUGUCUGAGUUUCAGAUCACAUGACCAAGGUCAAAGACUUGGACCAUGUUUGGGGAAUGAACAUCGAAAUUUUGUCAUAACUUUAAAAGUUUUUUGGAUCUAGUUCAUGAAACUUGGACAUAAGGGUAAUGGUGUAUCACUUAACACCUUGCUUGAGUUUUAGGUCACAUGACCAAGGUCAAAGGUCGUUCAGGGUCAAGGAACUUUGGUCACGUUGGGGGUAAUUGUUGAAUUGCAAUAAUAACUUUGAAAGUUUAUGGAUUGAGUUCAUGAAACUUGGCAAUGAGGAUAAGGGUGUAUCACUGAACCCCCUGCCUGAUUUUGGGGUCACAUGACCAAGGUCAAAGGUCAUAUAGGGUCAACAAACUUUGGCCAUGUUGGGAUAUUGUAGAAUUGCUAUCAUAACCUUGAAAGUUUAUGGCUCUAGUUCAUAAAAGUUAGAAAUAAGAGUAAUCUAAUAUCAUUUAACAUCUUCUGUGAGUUUCAGGUCACAUGACCAUGGUCAAAAGUCAUUUAAUCUCAAUUAACUUUAGCCAUGUUGGGUGUAUUGUUGAUUUGCCAUCAUAACUAAAAGUUCAUGGAUUUUGUUCCUGAAAGGGUAAUCAUGGGUCACGUGAUCAUGGUCAAAGGUCAUUUAGGGUAAAUGCAUAGAGUGUUUUAUUAACAUAUGAAUUGUGUUUUUGUGAAUAAAUUAUUUAAAAGUUUUUUUCAAAGAUUGAAUCGCUUAAUGCAGGCAAGACUGCCAGAGGCGUUCCACUUGUUUUAACAUUCCAUUUGGGUUUUUUUGGGAGUUAUGAACAGAGUAAUUCUUGAUCUAUCAAUUUCAAUCUUCCUUUCUUGUUAUACAUUCUUUACAUUUCUUGGUUUUAAUGUUUGCAAUUUUGCCAGAAUUACAUGUAGUAAGUUACACACAUACACAUUUACCCAUAACAAAUGUGUGUAUGUAAUAUUUUUGAAAAUCUAAAAAAAAAAAAAGAAUCACUCUGUCUCUGACUCAAAUAAAAUUGUGACUGAAUAUUCAAAUUCUUCCUUAUAAAUGCUAAAUCAGGAGAUGUUACUUUUACAAAUUGUUGAGUUUGACCUACAUGUAGUCAGUUGUAAGUAUCAAUGCAACCUAUAUGUAGGCCAUUGGUACUGUAGAUUGCCAAAGUAGUGUCCAAGUUUAAUCAUGUUUUGAAGCUGUCCAUGUAUUAUUAAUUUGGUUCUAAACAAUAAAGAACAUUGAAUAUGCCUCUAAA